UUUUGCGGCGGCACCGCCCGGGACGGGACGCGCCGGGACGGGACGAGAUGCGCUCCGGAGCUCCCGGUACCGCGGGCACGCUUCGUGCUCCCCCACAGCCCAGCAGGGAACCCCCAGGAGGCUCAAGGGUUUGGGCCGUUUGGGGAGCACGCUGUGAACGCCAGCUGGAUUGCAGUGCAGGAGCUGGAGAAGCUGGGGCUGGGGGAUGAUGUGGAUCUGCACGUCUAUGAGGUCCCUGUUGAGUACCAGACCGUGCAGAGACUCAUCCCUGCCUUGUGGAAGAAGCACAGUCCCCAACUGGUGGUUCACGUGGGAGUGUCAGGCAUGGCCACCACUGUCACCCUGGAGAAGUGUGGCCACAACGUGGGCUACAAGGGGCUGGACAACUGUCGCUUCUGCCCCGGCUCGCAGUGCUGCGUGGAGGGAGGCCCCGAGUGCAUCGACUCCAUCAUCGACAUGGAUGCUGUGUGCAGGAGGGUCUCAGCCCUGGGGCUGGAUGUCACUGUCACCAUCUCCAAGGAUGCUGGCAGGUACCUGUGUGACUUCACCUACUACACCUCCUUGUACCAGAGCCGUGGGAGAUCAGCAUUUGUCCAUGUGCCUCCUCUGGGGAAACCUUACACUGCAGAACAGCUGGGCAGGGCCCUGCAGGCCAUCAUAGAGGAAAUGCUGGAUGUUUUGGAGCAUUCUGAAGACAAAAUCAAUUGUCAACAUGAACACUGAACUGCCCAGGAGCUCUCCUAGUAUUGCACUUCCACAAUUUUUUUUUUUUUUUCCCUGCUGAUGAAGUAUUGAGGGGAAAAAAAAAUAACAAAAAUCAAAAAAAAUGGUUCUGGACACAGAAUUGGAGACUUCAAAAAACAAACAAAAAAAAAAGGAAAAUUCCACAAAAAUUCCACAAAUUCUGCUUCUAGAAAUUAAUUUUUUGUUGUUGUUGAAUCUGUGAGUCUCAGCCUGAGCAACAAAGGAUUGAAAAUCUCUUCUCUACAACACCUGCAGGGAAUGGAUCCUCAUGUGCCAGAUCCACCCUGGGACUUUCCUCACCUGGACUCUGCCUUCAGGUGCUGGGACUUGCUCAGCCAAUCCUCUCCUGGCUAAUUCUUGAGUUGGAAGGUUUGAUUUCAGUUGGUUUGGGGUUUGUUUCCCUCCCUUCUCUUGUCUCAAAUUCAAGGUGGUGAUAUGGAGGGACAGCUGGAGUUGGGAUGGGGUGGGAUUGUCUUGGAGAGCAGAGUUUGGUGGGUGUGAGGAGCCUGAAAUUGCUUUGCUGGGAUGGAAAAUGAUUUUAGACACUCACUCCACAUCUCCAAACACCCAUGGGGUUCCUUUAGGGACCCAAAUCCAGCUGAAUUUUUUAUUAUUUUAUUUUUAAUUUUGCAGCCUGACUCCUAAAUCUUUCCAAAUCUCUUUUUCCUGCCUCUCUCUCGGGCCACCUCCCUCCCUCCAGUCAACCUCCUGCAGCAAACACCUCUGUCCAAGUGUGUCUAAAACCAAUUUUUAGUGGCUGAAGAGCUUUGCUGAGGGCCACUUUCCCCACUGCAGAUCUUUAUCCUGUGCUCAAUGCUGUUUUUGAGGUGAAAGUUGAAUAAUUUAGAACUCCCUGAGCUGCAAAUUUUCCCUCUUGUCCCAGGUUGGGAGAGUGAGAUCCCAAUUCCACCUUGAUUGAGUGGAGGCAAAAAAAAGAAAAAAAAAAAAAAAGAAGGUGGAAAGACGUCCUUGAAAAAUCAAAUAUCAGAUUUUUCAACUCAAUCCCACUGCCUGCAAACCAGAAAUUAAGGAAUUUGAAUUUAAAAUUAA